GCUGAGUGUACGGGAACCACACACUUGGAUUUGCCUUCUGGAAGGGCCUCUAGGACCAGGCUGGGGAGAGAGCCCACCGUCGGAGAUGAGGGGCAGUGGGGUGAGGUGGGGAAGGGGCUGCUCCUCAGGGUGGGUCUGGGACCAGGAGAAGCCCUGAGGUGUCUAGGCAGCCUCCUUGGGCGGGAGGGGCUGUCUUGCCCAGGGCUCACCCUGCAUGUCCUUCUUGCAGGUGUGUCAGCCCAGUCCUUCCUCCACUGCUUCACACUGGCCAGUGCGGCCUUCAACCUGCAGGUGGCCACCCCUGGGGGGAAGACCAUAGACUUUGUGGACGUGAACGAGAGCAAUGCACGCUGGGUACAGGACUUCCGCCUCAAGGCCUACGCCAACCCCGCCAAGCUCGAGUCCAUUGAUGGUGCCCGGUACCACGCCCUCCUGAUUCCCAGCUGUCCCGGGGCCCUGGUUGACCUGGCCAGCAGUGGGUCCCUGGCCCGCAUCCUGCAGCACUUCCGCUUGGAGAGCAAGCCCAUCUGUGCUGUUGGCCAUGGCGUCGCCGCCCUGUGCUGUGCCACCGAGGACAGGUCCUGGGUGUUCCAGGGCUACAGCCUGACCGGGCCCUCCGUGUAUGAGCUUGUCAGGGCACCUGGCUUUGCCCACCUGCCUCUCAUUGUGGAGGACUUUGUGAAGGAUGCAGGCGCCAACUUUAGUGCCAGUGAGCCUGACGCUGUGCAUGUCGUGCUGGACCGCCACCUUGUCACGGGCCAGAACACGAGCUCCACCGUCCCUGCUGUGCAGAACUUGCUCUUUCUCUGCGGCAGCCGGAAGUGACUCGCUCCCCCACUGAGCCAGCCUGCCAGUGGAAGCCCCGCCUCCAGACGGCCCAGGUGUCCCCAGAGGCAGCUGGACUCAGGCCUCCAAGGACCCUGCCUCUGUGACAGCUCCUGAGAGUGACUUCGUACCCUGACCGUGCCUGUUGGGAGUGUGGAAGCCUCCAGGAGUCAGCCCUGAGGGAUGUCAGGUCUUGCCGGGGUUGGAGGCUGAGGGUGCUGAACUGGCCACCAGGUGGGGCUCAGAUUCCACAUUGAGCAGUCCAUGGAGAGCUGGUACCCAGUGAAUCAGCUGUGGGUGUGCCAGGGUGGAGUCGUGGCCCCUCUGGUUUUCCUGCACCAGCACUGGGGGUCUCCCUCUGCCUGUCCUGUACACCCACCUCAGGGAGCAGAGGCCAAACAUCCCUGGGAGCCAGGAUGAUUGUGCUGGCUGGGCAGUGACAGGCCGGGGUGAGGGCUGUGCCCAGGCUGGUCUGCUGUCCCCCAGCCCUUCCAGUGUUGGUUGGCUUUGUGGAGAGUGCCAGCUGGCUGGAGCUUGUCAGCAGUUUUGACUUGGGUCAGAGGUGAAGGAGAAUGCGUCUUAUUGUGGUCACAGCUCCAGGGCCCCCAGACUUGCCCCAGUUUCAACCCCUGCCUGCGGGUAAGCAUGUUGGCCUGGCCAUCAGCCGUCUGCUGGUUUCACCACAUGGUGAUGGCUGGCUGCACAGAAGCUCAAGAUCCACCUUAGGGGUAGUGUCUGUAUUACCCAUAAAGAGUUGAGAACACCUGC